CGAAAAUAAACAAUAUUGUUCUUCGUCAUUUUGAAAUUAAAUUUAAAACUUAUUAAGAUUUUUCAAUUAAAAAGAAAAUUAUUCUUGUUCGUUUAACCAUACAAAUAAUAUGGAAUUGCUUGUAGCAGGAUUCGAUGAUAUUAAGUUCAAUGUAGAAAUAGCCUUAGACGAACAACAUGGUGCUCUACCUUUGCCGUUUAAUGGAAUGGACAGUAAGUGAUUAAAAUUAUUAAUUUACCUGAGUUAUUCAUGAUCAUUUUUAAUUAUUUUCGUAUAUUAUUGUAUUAUUUUAUUCCCUAUUUAAAAAUUGAGAAGUUAUGUUCAGUAUGUAUCUUAAAAUUUGAUUUUCUUAUAGUUACUUAAAUAUAAUGUAUUCAGGUCAAUUCUAUUAUUAAAAAACGUAUUUAUUGAUUCACAAUAGAUUUUCAAAGGUCACUUUGCAUAAAACAACAUCUAUUCAUGUUAUUAAUACAUCAUAAUAUGUUUAAUAAUUAUAGGACUUGAACUUAGCAUUCUGUUACCAUUGAUACGUAUGAAUUGUGAUCUAUCUAUCAGUAGUAAUCUACGGUACAGUGUAAGUGAUCUACUGGCUACCUGACAGACUGUCGAUGACAGUGGUGGAUCAUCUAAAUGUAAUAAAUAUAAUUGCCAACAAAUAUUUAUAGAAACUGGAAUUCAAAUAAAAAACUAAUACCAUUAAAAUGUAUCCAUUUCUUAAAUAGUUAAAUUUUACAAUAAAAAAACAAAUUUCAUAUACCUGCAUUUAAUAUUUAUUAAAAUAUAUUUAUUCUGGCUCAGUAGUAAUUGUGGUAUUAUUAGUAUCAAUUACUAAGUAAUUGUAAAAAUUAUUUUUAACAAACAAAUACUUUUAUUUCGAAUAUAUAUAUUUAUUUUGUUUUAUUUAGAAUCUAUUGCAGCAGUUUGUUCAUUUUAUCCAAAAGGCACCUGUUCCAAAGGUGCAUUAUGUCCAAUGAGGCAUGUACGAGGUGAUCGCACAGUUGUUUGUAAACAUUGGUUACGUGGUUUGUGUAAGAAAGGUGACCAGUGUGAAUUCUUACAUGAAUAUGAUAUGACCAAAAUGCCUGAAUGCUAUUUCUAUGCUCGAUUUAGUAAGAUUAAAUAUUUAUUUGUUUACAUAUUUUUUUUAUGUACUUAUGUCACCUAAAUAAUUUAUUUAGAUGCGUGUCAUAACAAAGAGUGUCCAUUUUUACACAUUGAUCCAGAAAGUAAAUUAAAAGAUUGUCCAUGGUAUGAUCGAGGUUUUUGUCGUCAUGGUCCACAUUGUAAACAUAAACAUGUUCGCCGUGUACUUUGCAUAAAUUAUAUCGCGGGAUUUUGCCCGGAUGGUCCAAAUUGUAAAUUUGUACAGUAUGUACUUAUAUUAUAUAUAUAUAAUUUUUUUAAAUAUAUAAGUAUAUUAUUUAUUUUAGAUAUUUGAUAAUAUUAAUACUGAUUUUAUUAUCUUUAUAUUAUAUUGGUUGUCAUGUAAAUAAAUGUAACUAGUUUAGCUAAUUGAGGUAUAAAAAUAUUGUCUAAUUAUUAUAAAAUAGGUAGGUAUUUUAUUUUUAACAUAAUGUAAUAAUAAUAACAUAACCAGUUUAGAGAGAUAAAGAGUAACCUUUAGAGAAUUAACCAUUUCAAUUUAUAAACACAACUAAAUUUGCAUUUUGUAGGAUACAUUUAGUUCUGUUAAUUUUAAUAUUAGAGUUCAUCAACCUAUUAUCAAACUUAAAGUCAAGAAUAUUAUUUGCUUUUCUAUGUAGUAUAUUUUUGAUAUUACAAUUUUUAAGUGAGGUUUAACUAUUUUUACAUUUUGAUAAUACACAUGCUCAUAUUUCUUUUAAAAUUAAAAUAUUGGAAAAAUAUCAACAUAGGAACACAAAUAAUUUUCUUACUUUUAUGUUUUAUUAUAAAUCAAAUAUGUUUACAUGGAUGGAAAAAUGUUGGUGGAUCAGAAAUGCUUGACAAUUUUACAUAAAAUGCAUGGUAAAAAAAUGUAAUUAUUUUAUAUAGGUAUACGUUUAACGUUCAAAUUUGACAUACGUGAUUUAUUUAAUACUUAUAUUAUAUAUAUAUAUAAUUAAUAUGUCAGUUAUUUUGUUAUUUGUAUUUAUAAUUUAUAAAAAUUAUCCAUUCUACAAUGCAUUUAAAAAUUUUGUUCAUAUUGACAAUUUUUACCAUUUGCAUUAUUAUUGCUUAUUCAUUCAUAAGUUAAAAUUUGACUUCUGUAUUCAUCCAGAAAAUUAAAAUUUAAGAUUAUUUCAACUCAAUUGAUUACAUUGAUGACAUUUAAUUACACAGUGUAAAUAUAUAAGGUGAUUGGAACAUGUAUUAUUAUUGAAACUUGUUUAUUAAAAAUUAUUAGUUUGUUAUACCUAAUUUUAUUGAAAAUUUACUCAAGCUAUUUUAAAUUAUUGACUGUUAACUGACCUAAUAAUUAGCAUUUAUAUACCAAUUAAAACCAUUAAAAUUGCCUUUAUUAUAAUUUAAAUAGUUUUUAUUAUUUUAUGAACAAUGAAUAAUAAUGAUGAGAAAUCUUAAUUUUCAAUUUUAAUUUAUAAAAUGUUUUAUUAUUAUUAUUUUUAAAUGAAUUAAUGCUUAUGCAAGUGAAAUGUCUUUGUUCUAAAUACAUUUUCUUAAGACGUUCUUCAUAGAACCAGCUCAAAAGUGUGUCAAAAGUGGGAAUUGAAAAAAAAAAAUCAUUUAAAUAUUGAGUUUAUUAAUUAAUUUGUAUUAUUAAACAUAGUUAAACAGAUAAUAAAGUUAUACAUAAAUACAUAUUUAUUAUUAUUAUUAUUGACUAUAUAAUAUAAUUUCACUUAUAAUUUCCUUAUAUCACUAAACUAUACACAAAAUUAAAUACACACAUUUGAUAACAAACUGCAUUAAAAUAAAAUGAUAAUACGACUAUAAAUAAAACUAUAAUUUAUUACAUCCAAUUAUCCCUUAUUGAUUAAAAAUGAAUUAAUUAAAUAUAUUUUAUUAAUUUAUUAUUACCCAAUAAUAAAUUAUAUUUAUUAUUAACUGUUGAACAAAAGAGCAUCUUAUCCAAUUUUAUAAAACUGAGCCUCUUAUCUCAAGUGGUUUUUACAUUAAUACAAGAAACGUUUAGAGACUCGAGGAAAUUACUACUUAUUAUUUUGUAGUCUAUGGUAAGAUGUACUUAAAAUAGAAUUGUAAAGUUCAAAUAUACAUGUGUAAUUGUAUUUAGUAUGUAUUUAUUUUUGUUUGUUGUAACCUUGUAACUUGAGAUUUUAUAAUGUAUUAGUGUAAUAUGUGUAUUUGUAAUCAUACAAGAUAAAUAAAUAAAUUACUCUAUAUAUAUAUAAGAAAAUAUAACACAUUUAAUAUUAGUCCUAGGUUUGAACUUCCUGCUUAUCAACAACACGAUACAAAUCAAAAAGAUUCAAAAAAACUUGUUGUAAUUUGCCAUUUUUGUGGCGACACUGGACAUAAAGCAAUGUAUUGUCAUAAAAUGGUAUCAGAUCUUGUGAAGAUUAAACCAGAAUUGGAGACUAAUGAUCAGUCACAACAAAAUUCUCAAUCAGGAUUCGCAAGAAAAUUAAAACCAUUAGAAGAAGUUACAUGUUAUAAGGUAAUAAAUAAUAUUAUAUAUUCAUUUUAGAAACUUAAAAAUAAUUGAAAUUUGAAUUAUAUUUAAAUAGAAAUAAUUGUUAAUUUUCUAACUUCACUUAAAAUCUAAAAUGAUUAGUUGAUUAUUAUAUUUAUAGAAUACUAUUGAAUUUAUAAUUUACAUAUGUUCACUUUUCAGUGUGGAUUCAAGGGCCAUUAUGCCAAUAAAUGUCCAAAAGGCCAUUUAGCUUUUUUAUCAUUACAACAAAAUCAAGCACUCCAAAAUAACCCUGGUGUAUGACCCAUGUAUAUUGUAGGUAUUUUAUACUUUGGUAAUUUAUUACAGUACCAAUUAUAUAUUAUAAUAUA